GGGCUGUGCUUUCUGAAUCCCUUCAGAGCCAAGUGAGGAGGUCCCUCUCGAUCCCUCUCUCUUUAAAGGACCUCGUGAAAUAAAAGUGUAGAGAACAAAUCCAAGGCGAUCACAACAGCAGCCGCAGCGGCAGCAGCAGCAGCAGCAAUAGGAGGAGGAAAAUUUGGAGUUGGGGCCGGCGCUCCGGAGUGGCUGGGCUCUGCGCAGCUCCCAUUCAUUAAGUCACCAGCUGCGGGGGAAGGUGGCGGAGCGCCCGCGCUGCCCACUAGCUCGCUCGCGCUCGCAGGCUCACGCUAACCCAGCGCCUCUCGGGCAGCGCAGCUCUGCAAAAGUUUCAGCUCGGGAUUUGGCUCUCUUCCCCUUGGACUUUCGAACGAUUUGGGGUUGAGAGAGGAAAGAAAACAGAGGCACCCAAAGGGAGCAGAGAACACCACCGUCUGCGUUGGAAGCAGGCAGAGAAGCCGCCCUCUCGCCUCCGAGCCCCACACCGGGGCCGACUCGCCACUCUCCCGAGCAGCCUCGGCCAGGAAGCGACCCCGGCGCCCGGGUGUGGGGUGUGUGGCUGCUGUUGCGGGGCGUCUUCGAGGGGCGGGAGGCUCGCGCCGCAGCCAGCGCCAUGCAAAACUACAAGUACGACAAGGCUAUCGUCCCGGAGAGCAAGAACGGCGGCAGCCCUUCGCUCAACAACAACCCGAGGAAGGGCGGCAGCAAGCGGGCGCUGCUCAUCUGCCUCGACCUCUUUUGCCUCUUUAUGGCGGGCCUGCCCUUCCUGAUCAUUGAGACCAGCACCAUCAAGCCUUACCACCGAGGGUUUUACUGCAAUGACGACAGCAUCAAGUAUCCUCUGAAAACCGGGGAGACAAUAAAUGACGCUGUGCUCUGUGCCGUAGGGAUUGUCAUCGCCAUCCUUGCGAUCAUCACAGGGGAGUUCUACCGGAUCUACUACCUGAAGGAGAAGUCCCGGUCAACGAUUCAGAAUCCCUACGUGGCAGCCCUCUACAAGCAAGUGGGUUGUUUCCUAUUCGGCUGUGCCAUUAGCCAAUCCUUCACAGACAUUGCCAAAGUGUCCAUAGGACGCCUGCGUCCUCAUUUCUUGAGCGUCUGCAACCCUGAUUUCAGCCUGAUCAACUGCUCUGAGGGCUAUGUUCAAAACUACAAAUGCAGAGGCGAUGACAGCAGAGUCCAGGAAGCCAGGAAGUCCUUCUUCUCUGGCCAUGCCUCCUUCUCCAUGUACACUAUGCUGUAUUUGGUGCUGUACCUUCAGGCCCGCUUUACUUGGCGAGGAGCACGUCUGCUCCGGCCUCUCCUGCAGUUCACCCUCAUCAUGAUGGCCUUUUACACCGGAUUGUCCCGCGUAUCUGACCACAAGCACCACCCCAGUGACGUCCUGGCAGGAUUUGCGCAAGGAGCCCUGGUUGCCUGCUGCAUAGUUUUCUUCGUGUCUGACCUCUUCAAGACCAAGACGGCACUCUCCCUGUCUCCCCCUAUCAGGAAGGAAAUCCUCUCACCUGUGGACAUUAUUGACAGGAACAAUCACCACAACAUGGUGUAGGUGCCACCCACCUCCUGAGCUGUUUUUGUAAAAUGACUGCUGACAGCAAGGUCUUGCUGCUCUCCAAUCUCAUCAGACAGUAGAAUGUAGGGAAAAACUUUUUUUACCCGACUGAUUUUUAAAAGGAAAAAAAAAAUGUCUUACUUUGUGGCCUUCCAAAAUAGGUAGUGUUCACCUAUAUGGAAACAACAGCAAACUAACACCAAGUGCCGGAAUCCUGGAUGUGCAAUUGGUUUAUGUGUUCAUGUUCUAAUGAACACGGGCUUGUUCUGGAACAAACACUAAAAGGCUUUGAGCAGAGUCUGACAGUCACCUUUGUGACCUGAGGCAUCCCAGGCCUGUGAGAAAAGCUUAAAUUAACAUUGUAGCACAUGAUGUCAGAAAUAGCACUGAAGCAAGAAAAUAGCCAUUGGGGACUCCCCUCUAGCGUCUCUCUGUCCACACCACUCUGUCUUCUACUGUGACUUUGGUUCAGGAAGGGUUUGGUUUGGGGAGGGGGGGAGGGGAGGGGGGCAUAAAGAAAGAGCAAAUGCUCAGUCAAAUGAUCAGAUCCUGAAUCCAGAUUCUUAGACCUAAAACCUAUCACUCACUUCUUGGCCCACAGGCCAGCACCACAGUCCCUCACGUUAGUGAUUAGGAGACUCUUUGUGGAUGAGUGAAUUUCACAAAUAGCACAAUUUCAGAAGAAUUUGAGGGUACAGGCCCUCAUUUGUCUUCUUUUGAUGGACCAUCCUGUGAUGUUGAAACAUCGGUUGCAGGAUGCUGAUGUUGUACAUCAAUCACCUGGGCACUUGCACGCUCUUAGUCAUGGUUAGCUCUGGUUACUGCUUUUUCCCUUGAAAUCCUUGCUCUGUGCCCACCGGGAUUUCCUGUGAGGGUCCAGAGACGAGCCAAGGCAUGGCCUGCCACCGGUUGAUGGAAAGCAGCCUUCCGUAAAAGAGAUGGGGGAGUGAAGGGGCAAGAAUGAAAAAUGAACCAGCCUUUUGGCUACUCAAACUCAGAAUGAGCCAGAGUAGCAGAUGGCCUCAUGCCUGAGAGGCUGCCCUUCCAGAUAACAGAGCUGACGAGGUCUCUGUGGGAGUCGCUCUUGCUAAGCUGUGUAAAGCACUAUUGUCUUGGGGUUGAUCUCUAGGGCAGUUCUUGAUAGGUUCUGCUGGGCAGAACAUGUGGGUUAAAUCUCCGUAGAGAGUUCUCAUCCUCUAUCCAUAAGUGUCCUCCCACGUAAGGUCCACUCUAGGCAGUAGACAGGACCCCUUCUACUGAACCUUUGGGAAAAGGAGGAAGGAAGAAAUGCUUUCAGAUCUUGGAUGCAAACCUUUCAAAGGGUUAAAUGUAACCACACGGAUCAACCACAAGCACAUCUUUACCACAGAAGCCGUCCUGUCAUUUCAACUUAUAGCAAGCUAUGAUUUUUAUAUAUAAAUAUUAUAUAAAUAAUGUAUAAAACAUUAAAAGUUAACUAUGUAAAAUAUUAUUUCUGAAACAAUUUUAGCUAUAUCCACUAUGAUUAUAAACUGUGUCUCGACCUGUGUUACUUCAUUAGCUGCUUAAAAAAGCAUUGAGUUAAUUUUUUUAAUAUCAACUAAAAUAUUGUAGUUCUGUGGUAGACAUUGUUUUACAAUAAAAGAAAUAACUGCAACUAGAGAAAACUGUAUAAAAACAUUAAAUUGUCAGUAUUUUUGUAAGGUUCCAUUUUGUAAAGAGAAUAAUAUUCAAAGACUUUUGUAGAAUACAAAGUGAAAACUUGUAUCUGCGAAACUAUACUUGUAUUAAAUGUGCUUUUUAAAUAAAAGCUCAUAACACAACUAAUAAA